AUGUGGUGCGACAACUGCCUCCUCGUGUUUCCUCUGCGCCACGGCGCCAUGGUGUGGAACGUCUUCAUUGCAGCCUACAACCUGGCAGGUUCCAUUCUUCUCUUUCAAAAAGGUCAAUUCCUAUUCUUUAACUACCCUGAAUACCAGAUCUACGGUGGCAUUGGAAUGGCCGUCAUGUCCAUCUGCAUCCUCACCACCGUCGGUAUGGCCAACAACUCGUACAUGUUCAUGCGCCUCUGCUUCUUCGUGUGGCCGCUCAUCCUCAUAGUCGUCGCUGUUCGAGCUGGCUUUAUGAUCUUCCAGAUUGACAGGCAGCAAAGCAAGAUCGUCUGGGAGUGCAACAACGGUGGUCAGCUGUGGGGAACACCAGCUGAACAAGGCGCUGCCAACGGCACCAUGCCCUCGGGUCUUUGCUCGGCCGGUUUCCACAGUCUCUACAUUGCGUUUGUCUUUUCGCUUGCCAUCGACCUGGCUUUGCAAAUUUAUGCUUACUUCAUGUGCUGGCGCUUCAAGAAGAGGAUCGAGCAUUACUACGCCCUCGCCACCAAGGAGUCCAACAUUUACAGCUUCUAA